UGUGAAGUGGUUCUUUUACUCCAUGGAAGAAACACAACUAUCUAAUGACUUUAAUUUUACAUCGAAAACUAUCACAACUGAAGUUGUUGAUGAAUAUGGCAGUUCCAUCGUUUCAACUAUUAAAACAAAAAAACGUCGUUCUGGAAAAUAUUGUUUACAUUAUUUAAAAAUAAUCCUCAAAAAUAUUGGCUUAACUCUAUUAUUAAUUGCAUACCUAUGUGCUGGAGGUUUUAUAUUUCGAUCACUUGAAAUAUACAAUGAAGCGCAAGAUUGUUUUCAACGUCAGAGUAGUUAUUUGAAGAAACUCAAUUCAACUACACUCAGGGUCAUUGGCACGAUAAAAUCAAUUGAUUCUGGUAAUGUGGAUAAUACACAGACAUUAGAUGAAGUUAUUCUGAGUAUGCUGAAUGAUUAUGCAAAUGAUUUAUUUGCGUUAGACGUGAAACCAUCAACAAAUUGUACAGCUAUAUUGGAUACACCAGAUGGUUCAAAAUGGAAUUUAGUUAAUUCAAUUUUUUUCUGUGUAACGGUAAUAACAACUAUAGGCUAUGGACAUAUUGCACCAGUUACAUUUUGGGGCCGAAUAACCUGCAUUAUUUAUGCUAUCAUUGGUAUACCAUUAAUGCUGAUCUAUCUAGCUAUUAUUGGUAAUUUACUUGCACGAGGGUUUCGUUUGAUCUUCUUAAAUUUGGUUUGUUGUCGAUGUUUCUAUGACAUAAUAAGACGUAAACGUGAACGACGUAGAAAACGUAUGCGUCAGUGGGAAGAAAGUCUUCGUGAACAUGAAGAAGAAGAGGCUAGACGAAGAGGAUUACCAUUACCUCCGAAAAAGGUUCAGUCGAAUACCCAAGAUGAUUAUGAUGACGAUUAUGAAUGUGACGACGAAGAUGAGAACGCUGAAGAGGAAAAACUACAUGUUCCAUUGACAGUCAGUGUUAUUGUCCUAUCUAUAUAUACAUUAAUUGGUGCUGUGAUAUUUCCAGCAUGGGAAGAUUGGUCAACAGCUAAUGCUGCUUACUUCUCAUUUAUUACAAUAUCAACAAUUGGAUUCGGUGAUUUAGUUCCAGGGAAUGGAAGAUUCACUGAGCCUAAAACUGCAACUGAACUACUUGUCGGUGGUUUAUAUUUACUAUUUGGAUUAGCUUUAUUAUCAAUGUGUUUAAAUUUAAUGAAAGAUGAAAUUAUCGCCAAAGUUCAUUAUAUUUGUACUUGUAUUGGUUUGAAAAACAAUAUAGCACACAAUGAUGAUAAUGAUGGUGAUGAAAAUCAUUUAAACAAUAUUAAUCAACAAUUAUUUAAUCAACUUGUAAAACAAAAAGAAUCAUCUACAAUCAUAACACAUAAUGAUAAAAAUAAUGAACAGCUGAACAAAGAAACAGCACAAUUAAUAACCACAUCAAGAAAGACCGAACAAUCUGAUAAUUAUCAAACAAAGGAAUAUGAUAAUGAAGCAUUUCAAAAAGACAGAUAAAUCAGCUUUUUAAAUAAAUUUUUUUAAAAAAGUAACUAAACAAGUGGGUAAACAAGUUUAUUCAGUGAUUUCCCUUAUUUUUAUCAUGUAAAAUCUAAUCAUAUGCUAUUUGAAAAAUAAACCCUAUUGACCGAUACAUAUUUAAACAAACUAUAUACAUGACAACAAGUUCUCUUUAUGAAUUGAUUAUUGUUAAUUGUUGUUCUGGCUUUACUCACAUUCACAAAAAAAGAAAAGAUUGCAUGAAAAUGCUACUUACAAACAUAAUAUUAUCUUUCUUCAAUGUUUUUUACAGAUUUAUCAUGAAAGUGUUGUUGUUAUCGUCUAAAGUUAUUUUGCCGCAUGCUUCAAUUUUGUGUUUGUUU